AUGGGUACUGCAGCAGCAGCAGCGUUGACCACGGCGAUGGAGCUGCUGAAUUAUAUGCAGGCUCCCACUGUCGGAUUCUACCAUCUCGGUGCCAGCGCAUAUGCCUUGCUUGUUCUCCGAAAACCACAGCCCAUAUCACCGAAAAGACGGCGUGGCACACUGAUAUGCAUGCUCUGUUUACUUGCCGCCUACAUAACAGAAGUCCUGUACUACUUUAGUCGAUCUAUGGCAGAAGUGGAUUACUGGGCCCCCAAGCCAUGUGCGAUUCGCUGCUUGGGCUCAAUAUUAGUCUGGGCUCCGCUGUCGUACGCAGUAUGGAGCAGCAAGUCGUUGCAAUGGCCAUGUUUCUUUGGCGCUUUUGCCAUGCAGUUUGCGUUUGAGACGACGAUUUGCUUGAUGAGCACAUUUACGGCCCCGGGAGAAGAUGGUCAGAGGCAUGUACCGUUUGUGAUCAGUUGCAUCCGGACUCUUGCCUCUCUGGUAUUACUUCUCGAUGCCUUUGCCAUCCUUAUCACGAAGCAUGUGGAGCUCAGCCUGGAUGAAGAACGCCAAUCACUACUGGGGAAACCCGCGAAUGGCGCAGCAGCGCUGAACGGCUAUGGUGCUAUUUCCCAGGUCCCUGUCAGCGAAGACGAGCCCGAAGCAAGAGAUCGUGACAAGGAGCUCAAAGAGCAGCAAGCCAAGCGCCUCGAACAAGAGGGUGGCUGGUUGGGUUAUCUAGGAGGAUUCAUGAUCUUUUUACCAUACUUGUUUCCAACAGAUGACUGGAAGGUCAUGGGCUGUCUUGCUAUCCGUCUCUUGCACAUGAUACAGCAGCGGUUUCUAAACUUGCUUACCCCUCGCCAACUCGGUAUCAUUACUGAUAAGAUUGGAAAAGGCGAUGGGAUGAUGCCUUGGAAAGACAUUGGACUUUGGGUCUUGUUCUCCUACAUCAACAGCUACGCCGGCUUAGGUAUAAUUGACGGCAUCGCAAAUAUGGUCAUACACAACUCAGCGUACCGUCGUAUCACAUUGCUGGCAUACAAACACGUCCUUGGUCUAUCGAUGGAUUUCCACACCUCCAAAGACUCGGGCGAGGUGCUGAAAGCGGUGGAGCAAGCGGCUUCUCUCAACACACUGGUCGAAAUGGUGCUCUUUGAUGUUUGUCCCAUCUUCCUUGACGUCGCUGUUUCCAUGUACUACGUCACGCACUUGUUUGAUGCGUACAUGGCGUUCAUCAUUCUGUUCAUGGGCACGGCCUACAUUGCGCUGGGAUGGUAUUUUACGGGUUUGUCCCAGCCCAAGCGAAGAGACUACGUUGAGAAGCAGCGGACUGAGAGUUCUACUGUGAACGAAACUGUGCACAACUGGCAGACGGUGGCAUACUUCAAUCGUCUGACUUUUGAGCACCAACGAUAUGCUGCCAACAUCAUGAGCACCAUUAAUGCGCAGUAUGCAUAUUUCUUUCGAUCCAUGGGAGGACAUGCCGCACAAGACAUGCUGACAACGUUUGGCUUCUCCGCGUGCUGCAUCUUCGGCAUCGCGCAAAUUGUCAGUGGGCAAAAGCCAGUGGGUAACCUCGUCACACUGAUCGUAUACUGGAACACCAUGACACAACCCCUCUACAUCCUCUCCUACAGCUACCGCCACAUCUCCAGCUCCCUCAUCGACGCAGAGCGCCUCCUCCAACUCCUCAACACGAAGCCCUCGGUCGCCGACCACCCCUCCGCCACCGACCUCCUCAUCCCUACGGGCGCCGUGGAAUUCAAGAACGUCUCCUUUGCCUACGACCCGCGCGCCCCGAUACUCAAAAAUAUCAACCUCACCGUCCAACCAGGCCAGACCAUCGCCCUCGUCGGCCCCACCGGCAGCGGCAAAUCCACACUGCUCAAACUACUCCUCCGCUUCUACGACCCAACCUCGGGCUCCAUCUCCAUCGACGGCCAAGACCUGCGCUCGAUCACGCAAUCCAGCCUCCGCUCCUCGCUCGGCCUCGUUCCCCAAGACCCCAUCCUCUUCAAUCAAUCCAUCCGUCAAAACCUGCGCUACGCCCACCUCGCCGCCUCCGACUCGGUCAUUGAAGACGCCUGCGCUGCCGCCGCCAUCCACGCCGACAUCCUCCGCUUCCCAGACGGCUACGCCUCGCGAGUCGGCGAGCGCGGCGUCCGCCUAUCCGGCGGCCAAUUGCAGCGCCUCGCCAUUGCCCGCGUGCUGCUCAAGGACCCCAAGAUUGUACUCCUCGACGAGGCCACCUCGGCGAUUGACUCGGGCACAGAGGCCCUCAUUCAAGCUGCGUUUGCGCGCCUGAGUCGCGGGCGCACUACGUUUGUGGUUGCGCAUCGGUUGAGCACAGUGGUUGGGGCGGAUCUUAUUCUCAUUGUUGAUGGCGGCGAGAUUGUGGAGAGGGGGCGCCAUGUGGACUUGUUGCGCGCGGGUGGCGUGUAUGCGGCGUUAUGGGGGAAGCAGACCCAGACCCAGACCCAGACGGAGACGCAGAGUCCUGUCCUUGGGGGACAGGGCGACGACGAGACUAUAUGUGUGCCGGAUACGAAGGCUUCUAUGACGCAGGACGAAGAGGCCAUGGGAUCAAGUACGGGAUCGAGUACGUCUAGUAUACAGGAUUACACUACAAAACGCAAAUAA